AUGUAUUCCUCUGUUAAAUCAGCGGUUAAGCUUGAACAAGGUGUCACACCAUUCUUUCAAUCUCAUGUUGGAGUAAAACAAGGAUGUAACCUAAGUCCAACAUUGUUCAACCUCUUCAUCAACGAUAUACCUAAUUUAUUUAAUACUACUUGUGAACCUGUGAAGUUCGGAGACACUGAGUUGAGUUGUUUGCUGUAUGCCGACGACUUG